AUGAUUAAGUUAUAAGAAAAUUUAUUAUAAACAGCUCUAAAAUUAUUAAAUGAAUUACAUAGUGAAAUUUUAAGAAUAUUAAUUUAAUUAGAGUAAAUAAUAAUUUUGAAUAUCAUAGUAAAUCAGAUUCAAUUUGUGAAAAAGACGAAUAUUCGAAUAGAAAAUAAUUUCAAUCAAUUGCUGCUACAAAAUAUUAUGAUUAAUUUGAUGAUUUAGAUUUAAAAAUGAAUACAAUGUCUAAAAUGUUCAAUUAAUAUAUAAUCAGUCCAGAAGAAGCCUAAGCCAGACUAAAAAAUAAUAUCUUAAGAAGCUUUAAAGAAAAACAUUAAGUACAUAAGAAAAAAGUUUUAAAAUUAUAAGUACUACAUAAGAGAAUAAAUAGUAAGCAAUGA